AUGGAGGAAGACCAACGUAGACUUUUGGCCGCGGCCCUGACCAACUCGGGACCUCAUGAUAUCUCAGCGGGGAACUCCCUCCCCGAAAUGGACAUGAUGACUCCAGAGAAGCUGCAGGAGUUGAUAUGGUUUUUCCGUACAGAGGACCCUUCCACAUGGAAUUACUGCAUUCUGGGUCUGUCGUUUGCGGUUCUCUUCUUAGGCGUCGUGCUGCUGGCGCUCAACGUCGUGGCAAACAGGAACCGGAAGUCCGCGUGUUCGCACAGCGAGGAGUACAAAGACGCCCAGCCCAAUGGGACAGAAACAAAGCAAGGCUUCGUGUCUCUGCAGGAAGAAGCCACCACAGAGAGUUUGCUUCCGACCGUCCAAAACGCAGGAGAGGUGUCGGUCCAGUGGAAGGACGGGAACGUUACGACUCUGUAUGCGGGCGCGUCCGAAGCGGAGGCAUAA